AUGUUUAUAACAAUUAUAUUUAUCUUUCCUUUAAUUUCCCAUCAAAACCAAAUCAAACUAGAUAAAACAUUAUAAUUGCCUUUAUAUUAAGAUAAUCUAAUAGAUAUUAUUGAUGAAUCAGGAUAUAUAUAUAAAUAUCAUAUUACGAGUAAUUAAAAGAAUUAAGCUCAAUUAACUUACUGUUAAGCAAGACCUUAGAGUUUAGAAAUGAGAAUAGAGUAGCAACUGAAAGUCACUCAUAAAACAGAAUAGGAUUUUGAGAUCAACUUUGUAAAUGGCAAAUUUUAUGGUUAAUCAGAAUUUAUUUAAUCAGCAGUCAUUAAUAAUUAUGGAAUUAUAAUAUUGACAAGUGAUAAAAAUUUAACAUUUAUAUCCCACUAAGAUAUCAAUCAAAAUAUUGCUUAGACAGAACACUUUUAAAUAAACGAAUCUAUUGAAAAUUCUUAUUUAAUAUAGAUAGAAGAGUUAAAUCUUUUAAUACUUUUAUUAUAAAGUAAUACAGUUUAUGAAUAUGAGAUACAUAAUAAUACUUAUUAUAAUAAAUCUGUUUAGUUUAUUAACAAUUACAAAUAAGAAAUUAUAAAGGCAGAUCAGAUUAAGUGGAUAAAGGUUUAUUCAAUAUAUAUUUUUAUAUUAUCUUUCGAUGGAAACCUUACAAUUUAUAAUAGUAAGAUGGAGCAGAUUUAUUAAUUUGAAUCAAAAGUGUUACAUUUUGAAUUUGAAAUUAUUGCUCAAUAAUUUAAAAUAUAUCUAUUGUAUUAAAAUACAACAUUAUUGUGUAAAAAUAUGGAGUUUGAUAAUUAAAAUAUUUAAAUUGAGGAUUAACCAAGAAUAAUGUUAACAAAGCCAAAAGCGGUGAGUUUCAAAUUAUAUGAUAGAGGAGUAUUAAUGGUGAUAGAUGAUGACAAUGAAGGACAUAUAAUAGUAAUGAAUAAAAUUUAUAUUUAGAUAGAUUAUAAAUAUGAUAAAGAAAUCUUAAGAGAGAUUAAUAUGUAAUACAUAAGCUAAAAAGUAAGGCAAAUAGUGAUUCAUGAUAUCUACGCAUUAUUGAUAGGAGAAAAGACAUAGUUUGUAAUUACAAUAGGAGUUGAUGAUAUUUAUUUGAACUAAUAGAAUUAUAAAAUGUAGGCUAAUAUAUUGGUUCCUUAAAUCUUAGAUGUUUUGAAGUUUACUGAUGUAACAAGUUCGGGAAUAAAAGAUUAUAUUUAUGCUUAUACAAGAACAUAAUUUUUAAAAUUAAAUUUAUCAGCAGUAUUAAUUUAUAUUUAAAAGUAGAGGAAAUUUGAGAUAUUUUGUGGUUGUUAAAGUUAAGAGGAAGCAUUAAAAUCACCGUAUCAUUAUGAAUUGGAGUAUUACAAUAGUAAGUGUGAAGGUUGUCAAAAAUAGAGAACAUAUAAAUUAUUCUAUAAAUUUGCAAUAAUCACAAAGGAAGAUGAAUCUAAGGUGAUUGGAUCGAUAGUAGUAGGAGUAUUGAGCCUAAUUGGGAUUUUGGGAAUUGUGUUAUAUAAAUAUUUGGUACAUAUUCGUCUUUGGAAGAGAGCUUAAGAGAGAGCAAUGAAAUUAGAAACAACUAAUACAUCUGCAUAGAUAGAAUUUUCAAUAAAUGAUUCAAAGAUUGCAUUUGAGUUAGAAGUUGAGAAUGAGAAAAAAUAAUAAUGAAUUAUAUAUAUAAAAUCAUUAAUUUAUAUAAGAAAAAGAGUAUAAAAUAGUAACAUUAGAACUAAUUAAAAUAAUUAUAAUGCAAAUAGAAACAUCAUCUUCAAAAUGAAGUUAAUGAUGAAAGAACAAAAAACAAGUAAAAAAUAAAUUUUAUAAUGAUUUGAUACCUUUUAAUUAUUUUCCUUUAAAUAACAUAGAUCAAACUGUAUUCUUAAUGGAAAAUCAAUAAAGGAUUAUUAAAUAAUAAAAUUAACAGAAUAUUAAAUUAACAAUAAUCAGAUUCAGAAAUAGAUUUCUCUAAUUAAUUUAAAUUAAUAUAUAAAUCACAAAAAAAUUAGAUUUCAACUAAAAGAUCGAUAUUCAUAAAAAAAAAUAAUACUAUUGAAGAUUAUAUUUUAAUCUCCGAAUAAUUAAAAUAGAAAAUCUCUAUAUACCAGUUAAAAUAAUGAUCAUAUUCUAUUCAAUAAUAAUAACAAUAACAUAGAUAAUAAUAAUAAUCUUUGUUUUAAUCUGUGCAAAUAAAUGAUAUCAAAUCUUUUAAAUAACAAUUCGAAAUAACUUUAGAGGAAUGGAUAAAUUUGGUAAUAGAUUUCCUUUUGGAUUUUAAAGAGAGAAAAACUAUUAGGAAGAGAUGGUUUUUCAAUAAUUUGGUUAGGUAAAGAUGUAAAAGGAGGUGCAUUAUGUGCUAUUAAAUAGAUAACUAGAAAAUCUAAAGAUUAAACUCAUUUUAAAGAAUUAGCUUUUUGUAAUUAGUUCCUUAAUAAAGAAAGUUGAAUAAAGAAUUAAUGUUAAUAAAAUAAUGGUGUUAAGAAUCUAAGUAAAUUUUUGAUUAUAUUGUUGAUUCUCAUGAUGUAUUCAUUAUAUAUGAAGUUAGUGGAUAUUUAUUAGGCACUUAAUUAUAUGAUUUUAAAUCCACCAAUAAUAAUUAUAAGGUUAAUUCCAUAGAAAUUAAGUUUACUCUUUAAGUAGUUUCCUGUCUUAUUAUUAAAGUUUAUUAAAAGAAUUACAAAAACUAUAUAAUUGUGAUAUUAAAGUGAAUAUAUACUCAUCUCCUAUGGAUAAUAAGAUAUUGACUUCAAAAUUAAAGAUAAUAGUUCCUCUUUUAAAUUUAUUGAAGUCACAUUUAUAUUAAAAGAAAAUUAAAUGUCAUAUAAUAAUCAAUUAAUAAAUAUCUUAUCAAAUAUGCUAAAACUUGGGUUAUUUACAUCUGGGGAUUAAAAUGUGUUAUUUUAGAAAUUUUCAGGAUUACCAUUAUGGAUGA